GCCUCCUGCCAUACUCAACACCUCCCCGGCGCCCCACGCUCAAAGGGCUAGGCGCGGGGCGGGGGCGACCUCGGGGCUUCUCGGCAUUCUGGCGCGUCGGCAGGCAUGGCUCGGCAAGUCGCUCAAAAUUUUCGAUAUACUUCCCCGCUUUGCUUGCCGCCAACAUAGUUUGCCUUAGAGACUGCAUAUCAGCGGGCACCGGAUGCUUUCCUUGCGACCUCGCGAAAGUCAAUUGUCCAUGGACGCGCGAAGGCACUUCUCGCUCCGCCCGAAUUUUCCCUGCCACCUAUUUACACGCAAUAGACAUUAACAAAUAAUAAUACGUAGCACUCGCGGUUUGCGCCAGUAUGCUAUGUUUUGCCGACGUGACCAGUGUGGUGUCGAUUGGCGCGCUCGAUGGCGUUGUGGGCCAAGUGGACAACAGCAGCAUAAGAAGCAGCAACAGCAGCACCGGCUUCAUCAGUGCCAGUCGCGACCAGGCCUUCCUCACUCCAGCCGAGUCGGCGCUGCGGGCCCUGGCGGGCGUGGGCCUCGCGUACCGCCUGACCACCCGCACCGGGGUGGUGGUGGCGGCCUCGGGCGCAGCAGGCGAGCUGCCGAGGGACGCUGUAACCGCGCCAGUGGAGCUGGCGGGCCUCGAGUGGACGCUGGCGGUGUGGCAGGCACAGGGCUGGCGGCCCGCCUGGGUGGGUGGAGCGCUGGCGGCGGUGUUUGUCUUCGCCACGCUGUCGUCACUGCUGCUGGCGGGCAUGCUGGUGUCACGGCGGCGCCACGCCAUGCUGCUGGAGGCGCUGCUGCCGCGGGACCUGCUCAAGGAGCUCAACGACACACACGCCGAGACGCUGGGGCCGGCCGGGCCGCUGAAUGGAGCCUCCUCGCCCGCGGGUCUGCUGCUUGGGCUGCUGAGCGACCUCAUGACUGGAGCGCCGCCCGACCUGCGCCAGGUGGUGGCGCUUCGCUCGCUGGCUCUGCGGCAGGCGGACUGGUACCGGCCGCUGGGGCUGGUGGAGGCAAUCCAGGGGGCGCACCUGGAGUCUGACGUGGAGCGCGCGCUGAUGCGGCAACUGGGCACCGGCACCGAUGUCAUCGACCACACCGCCUUCGCCGGGGCCAGCAUGCCCGAGGAGGAGGAGGCGGGCGGCGGUGACCACGACCUGACCCCGCAGCAGUGGCGGCCACGGGCGGUUUCGGGCGGCGGCGCGGUUGGGCGGCGAUCGGCCGAAUGCAUCGAAGACGCGUUCUUGUCCACAGCCGACAUCGUGUUGGAGCAGCAACAGCAGCAGCAGCUGGACGGUGACGACCUGCGCGGUGUGCUGGCGUUCGUGCUGUCGGACGGCGCGCGCCAGACGCCACCGCCGCUGCAGCCGUCCUCCACGCCCGCCGCCGCGGCACGCGCUGCCGGUGGCGGGGGCGGGGGCGGGGGCGGGGGCGGGGGCGGGGGCGGGGGCGGGGGCGGGGGCGGCGGGAGCUCGGUGGGGGCAUUGGCGGGUGCCAGCAGUAGGCUCGGCGGCGGUAUUGGCGGCGGUGGCGGCCGUGGAGUUCGUGUAUUGUUGAUGGGCGAUGCGGGGUCGGAGCUGGCGGUCGUUCGGGAUAGCGCGAUAGCCAGUGGCAGCUACGACACGCUGCGGAUGCACAUGAACACGCAGCGGCAGCAGCGGCAGCAGCAGCAGACGCACAUACCGGCGGCGCUCCUGCUGUCCCAGCCCCUGCCGGCGGCGGCGGUGAUGCGCAGUCCCGACUCCGUCACCGUAUCCGGAAUGGUCAUGGCGCGCACCAACACGCCGCCCACGUCCAUCAUCCGGAGGGCUGGCUCGCUCCUGCGGGCCGCCGCAUCGCACGUGGCGCCUUCAGCAGCCUCGCCGACCAUCACUGCGGGCCCGCAGCUGACUACGCAGCAGCAGGGGCGCUGCAGCGUCGGCAGCGUCGGCGCCGGCGGCAGCGGCCUCGGCACGGGCGGCGCCGUGCCGCAUAGCGGCAGCGCCCAUCUGCAGCUGGAGUUGUCUGCCCUCUUGGCGGAGGGCUCGCAACAGAACGCGUUGGCGCGGCGGCCCUUGGUCACGUCUGACGGCGAGGAGGCAACCUGCUGUGCCGACGCAGCUUCGGCACAGCAGCAGCAGCAGCAGCAGCAGCAGCAGCAGGCAUUGGUGUCACCGCCGGAGCCUCCCGCCGCCAGCAGCCGGGGAGACGGCGGGUGGCAGCUGCUGCAGUGUGACGACGGGCAAUGCAGCCUUGACACGGCAUACGAAACGAGCGGCGCCACCGCCCGCCGCCAGCAGCCGCAGCAGCAGCGGCUCCAGACCAUCGCUACUGACGCCAACCGCCCACUCUCAUCGCAGCAGUUGCAACAGCCGCAGGCCGCUGCAGCUGCCAGCGGCUACACGCGCGCGUGUUCCACUGCGUCACUGACGCAAGCGGCGUCGACCCGGUGCCAGCCGCAGCAGCAGCCGCAGGGCGCGGCUGCGCCGCCCGGGCGUCAGGGGUCGGCAGGUGCUACUGCCCACAGCGGUCCCGUCACUUCUGCCACAGCCCAUGUUCCCGCCCCUGCAACCUCCUUGUUCGCGAAGCUCGCUGCGAUGACCACACCGCGGUCACCCGCGGGCAGCAGCAGCCGCAGGGCAAUGGGCCAGGGUGGUUGCGGAGGCGGCGGCGGAGGCGGAGGCGGAGGCGGCGACACGAGCAGCAGCGGUGUCCGGCGGCGUUCGCAGCUGUGUGCGCAUGAUGAGGAAGGGGCUGCGGAUGCAGCAGGCACCGGCGGAUGCGGCACUGCCACGGCUGGUGCGGCUGGUGUGGUCGGUGCCGCGCCGCUCGGCAGCGACGGCUGCACACUGGUGGUGGCGGCGGCGGCGGUGGAUGAUGCGGCGUCGCCAUUCGCCGAACCCUCGCCUUCAGCAGCCUUGUUGGAUGCGGUGGAAUUGCUGCUGGCUGGCUCGGGCGAGUGGCAGUACGACACGUGGGCACUGGCGGAGGCGAGCGGCGGGCAUGCACUGUCAGUCAUGGGGUUCUACCUCAUGCAGCGGGAGGGGCUGGUGACCACCUUCAAGCUGCAGCCCAUUAGGCUGGCCAGGCUGCUGCGUGCUCUGGAGGACGGCUACCCCGCGUCCAACCCCUACCACAACGCCACACACGCCGCCGACGUGCUGCGCACCCUGAGCGUGCUGCUGCGCGGCGCCCGGCUCACCGCCCACUACGCGCACGGGCUGGGGCUGCUGGCGUCCUACUUCGCAGCGAUCAUCCACGACCACGGCCACCCCGGCCUAACCAAUGACUUCCUGGUCGCCACCUCGCACCCGCUGGCGCUGCGCUACAACGACCGCUCGCCGCUUGAGAGCCACCACGCCGCCAGCGCUUUCACGCUGCUAUCGGAGCGGCCCGACCUGGACCCAUUCGACCAGAUGGCCAAGGAGCAGCGGACGGCGCUGCGCAAGCAGGUGAUCGACAUGGUCCUGGCCACGGAUAUGAAGCAGCACUUCUCGCUUCUCACGCAGUUCGAGGCGCUUAACAAGGCGCGAAAGGCCGGGCUGAGCGGCGGCGGUCGCCGGGGCGGGGCCGGUGGAGGCGGCGGGGGUGGCGGGGGCAAGGGCGAUACGGCGGCGGCUGCUGCGGGCAACUCGCCGACGCGCACGCCGCCUUCAGGCCAGUUGCAGCCCCAGCCGGGGCAAAGAACGCUGAAAGCACCUCGCCGCGGGGGCGGCGCGGACGGCCACCCCCACCACCACUCCGGUGGCAAUAACGUGGUGUUUGACGGCGGGGCUCCCUGGUCAUCCGCCGGGCACGUACAGCCACAACACACCACCGCUGCCGCUGACGUGUCCCCGCCGCAGCCAAAGGACGAGGCUGAGAGGCUGCUUGCGCUGCAGAUUGCGCUCAAGGCCGCGGACAUCGGCCACCUGGCUGGGGAGCUGCCGGUGCACUGCCGCUGGCUGGGGGUGUUGGAGGAGGAGUUCUUCCGGCAGGGCGACCAGGAGCGGGGCCGGGGCCUGCCCAUCAGCCCGCUCUUCGACCGAGCCAAGCAGGGUGUCAGCAAGUCGCAGGUUGGCUUCUUUGACUUUGUGGCGCUGCCGCUAGUGCGCGCGCUGUCCGACGCCUUCCCAGGGGCCGUGCCAUUGGCGGCCUGCUUUGAGCGCAACUACGCACACUGGAAGACAGUGGAGGCGGAGGCGGCGGCACAGCAGGCGGCACAGCAGGCGGCACAGCAGGCGUGACAGCACGCAGGGGAUGAAGUGUAUGGUGGGGCGUUGACGGGGCGGGGCAAUGCACGAGCCCAAUGAACUGGUCCUGAAUGUUUGGUCGUUACUAGUAUUGGAGGGGCCGGCCGCAGCUGGCCGGGUCAUCACGCGGCAACAGCAAGCGGCCGAAGGAGUGCCAGGCAUCCCUCCUUCGGCAGGCAGGAAAAUGAUGAGGAGCAGGCAGGAAAAUGAUGAGGAUCAGGCAGCGGGUGUGUGCUGGGUGCAGCUAAGGGCCCGGCGGGUGGUGGAGACACAUUUAAAUUCAACCAUAUGAGGUUCGCCGAGUUCAAACAAAUCAACAACAAGCAGUGAAUGUGUACGUGCGUAACCGCCGCCCUCAUGGUCAAGAAACGGUGCAGUUUGUUUGCCGCGGAGUGUUGUAUAGCGGGCUUUCACUAAGCCGCUACGCAUCACGUACGGAGUCUGCUUUGUUUAUAACUAUGUCGUCUGUGCUUUUGUUGCUGAAGAGGUUGAGAGUAAAGAGAACCAACGAUGAAUGUCGUGGGGUCACGUGCUGGCGAAGGGGCGGGGGAGGCUCAUGUAUGCCAUCAGACAGUUGACUACGGUCUGCGGCCAACGCCGACAAGAAGAGCAAGGCAAAAGGGCGCCCCAGAUAAGUGUUCAGGCCAAACCUCGUCCGUGCUCAAUGGGCUGAUCCUGGGAUGUCGGGCCCCGGUGUGGGCGCGUGUGCGUUCUAGGGCAACGAGGGGGUUUUGGGGUUCCUGGGUUGCGUAGUUCAAGAUGCUUUAGGGUUGUGCUUUCGGUUGUGCCUCCCGUGCCAGCUGGGUCUGUUGUCUGAGUAGUGGCGUGUGGCAGUGCGCCAUAGACUGCUGUGUUGGGAAGGUGUGCUGCUUGGUGUCGCCAUGUGUGGGUGCGCGCUGUUGGAGGCAUGGGUCGCCUAGCUAGCAGGCACGGGGAGAGAGCGGGGUGAGUGGGCAAGUGAGGUAACAAGUUGCCUGCCGGAGCGGUCAAAGCACUAGCAAGUAAAAGUUAUUGACGAUGCUCUAAGAAACGAAAAGCAAACGGCGCCAGAGACGGACACGCGAAACGCGCGCAGCAGGCGUACGGUCCCCCCCGGGGCAGGAAUGGUAUCGCGGUCGCUGGGCCGCCAAUCUGUCGUACGCUGGGCCGGCUUGCGCGCAUCGCUGCCUGACGGAGUGAACCACCUUUUAAA